UUCUGACCAACCCACAAAUUUUCUGCAUUAAAUUUUGGAAAAUGUCAACAUUUGGCAACACAAGUUGUACAAUUUUUACCAUGUCAAACUUGCCAGCAUCAGCAGCUUUCAAAGAUGGACCGGAUCAGCCACUUGACCUGGUCAGUAACAACAAGGAUAAGUAACUGGAAAGUGAGUAACCUUGCUUGUAAAUUUGAUAAUUGAAGUUCAUUUGGUCAUAAUUCUAAGCAUGUCGAUCAUUGGAGAGGCAAUUCUGUCUGUCACCGUUGAGAUGCUGAUCCAGAAGUUGGUUUCAGAGGUGGUUGUGCAGUUUGGACGCCAGGAGCAGAUCCAUGAUGAUCUCAAGAAGUGGGAAAAGACAUUGAAGAAGAUUCAGGCGGUGCUUGACGAUGCAGAUGAGAAACAGAUGACGAACCGAUUGGUUAAGAUAUGGUUGAGUGAGCUCCAGGACUUGGCUUAUGACUUGGAAGAUAUCCUGGAUGAGUUAGCCACUGAGGCUUUGCGCAGGAAGUUGUUGCUUCUUCAACCUCAACCUCAACCCACCACCACCAGUAAGCUACGAAAACUGAUUCCCAAUUUCUUCACAGGUUUCAGUCCACGAUCUGUCAAGUUCAGUAACAUGAUGGCGUCCAAAAUAAAGGAGAUCACGGCCAGAUUACAAAAUAUUGCAGCUGAAAAAGAUAGCCUGGAGUUGAGGAAGAAUUCGGAAGGAGGGUCAAAGAAAAUCAGGGAAAGACUACCCACCACCUCUCUGGUCAAUGAAGCCAAAGUUUUUGGCAGGGAAAAAGAUAAGGAGGUAAUCGUUGAAUUAUUGUUGAAUGUUGAUUCAUGUAAUGAUUAUGUUGUUGGAGUCUCUGUCAUUCCUAUCACUGGGAUGGGCGGCUUGGGCAAGACCACGCUUGCUAAACUUGUCUAUAAUGAUAAAAGAGUAGAAAAUCAUUUUGAUCAUAAAGUAUGGAUUCAUGUUUCCGAGGCUUUUGAUGCAAUUAGAGUCACAAAAACAAUUCUACAGUCCAUUGAUGCUCCCAUGUCAGAUGAUGGGAAUUACGUUUUAAGCUUCCUUCAUUUUAAUGAUCUAGACAAUCUUCAGGUCCAACUGAAAAGAAAACUCUCUGGUAAGAAGUUGUUGCUUGUUUUGGAUGAUGUCUGGACACAAAAUUAUAAUGAUUGGACUGCUUUAUGUAGUCCAUUUGAAAGCUGUUCUCCAGGAAGUAAGAUUGUCGUCACAACUCGCAAUCAAGGUGUUUCAUCUAUGAUAAAAACUGGUGCAGAAUACUCAUUAGAUAAGCUGUCAGAUUUGGACUGUUUGCAAGUUUUUGCUCAGCACUCAUUGGAAACAAAAGACUCUAGUGUUCAUGAUCAUCAAGACUUGAAAGAAAUUGGUGAGAAGAUAGUUAAAAAGUGUGAUGGAUUGCCUUUGGCAGCCAAAACUCUCGGUGGCUUAUUACGUGGUAAAUAUGAUGUCAAUGAUUGGAGAGAUAUUCUGAAUAGCAAAAUAUGGGAUAUAUCAGAAGAUGAAGGUGACAUUAUGCCGGCUCUCAAAGUAAGCUACUGUCAUCUUCCCCCACGCCUGAAACAAUGCUUUGCAUACUGCUCCUUGUUCCCAAAGGGCUAUGAAUUUCAAGAGCAGAAGAUGGUUUUAUUAUGGAUGGCUGAAGGUUUCUUGGAUGGUGCAAAUGGUGCGGACAAAAUGGAAGACUUGGGUUGCAAAUACUUUCGUGAGUUGAAGUCAAGAUCUUUCUUUCAAAAAUCAAACUCCAAUCAGUCAUUGCUUGUGAUGCAUGACCUAAUCCAUGAUCUUGCACAAUGGGCUGCUGGAAAAACAUACUUGAGAAUGGAGGGUGUGCCCCAGGGUGAUAAUACAAUUUUGUUUUCUAAUAAUCUUCGCCAUUUAUCAUGCACAGGAGACUCUUUGGAUGGCUUGGAAAAGCUUGAAGCAUCGGAUUCUGUCAAAUUUUUAAGAACUUUCUUACCACUCACGGUGAAAAAAGAAGAUCGCUCUGAAGCCAGCCGUAAACGUUUUUUUCGUUUUAAUUAUGUAAAGGAGCGUUUAGCUUCUAAAGAAACCCUUCCUGUCAGUCUUAAAAUCUUUUAUCAAAUAUUGCAGAAGUCACAACAUUUAAGGGUUUUGUCUUUUCAUAAAUACUGUGUCAAAGUGCUACCAGAUGAAGUUGGAGGUUUUAAGUAUCUACGGUAUCUUGAUCUUUCUUAUAUUGAUAUUAAAAGUUUGCCUGAAUCAGUUAGCACCAUGUACAAUUUACAAUCACUUUUGUUAGAGGGUUGUGCUUCUCUAAGGAAAUUGUGUAGAGAUAUGGGGAAUCUAAUCAAUUUGCGACACCUGAACAUUCUCAAAGUAAAUUCAUUAGAGCAUAUGCCUCACAGGAUUGGAAAAUUAACAAGUCUCCAAACGCUGCCUAAGUUUGUUUUGGGCAAAGACGUUGGCUCUGGGUUAGCAGAAUUGAAGUCUUUAGCUCAUCUAAAGGAAAAGCUUCACAUUUCAGGAUUGGAGAAUGUACAUGAUGCUAAUGAUGCCAAGGAGGCUGAUUUAAAGGGUAAGGAGAGCCUGAAAGUGCUUAUUUUGGAAUGGAGUAGUGGUACUGAUGAUUCGAUGCAGACAGAAACUCAAAUGCAAGUUCUGGACUUGCUAAAACCUUAUCAGAAGUUGACAGAGCUCAGUGUUAUUGGCUUCUGUGGUACAAAAUUUCCAAUAUGGCUUGGAAAUUCCACAUUGACAAAACUAACAAGUCUAAGAUUGGAGAAUUGUGGCAAUUGUGCUUGCUUGCCUUCUGUUGGGCAUCUACCCCUUCUCAAGGAACUUGUUAUCAAAGGAAUGGUUCGAGUGAAGAGCGUUGGUCUAGAGUUCAAUGGAAAUGGUUGCUUGGUCCCUUUUGCCUCACUUGAGACUCUUUACUUUCAGGACAUGAAACAAUGGGAAGACUGGAUUCCUUUUGCACCGGGUCAAGAGGUUGAUGGGUUUCCUAGCCUCCAAAAGCUUUGUAUUGUACGGUGUUCAAAACUAAAUGGUGAAUUGCCAAAACGUCUUCCAAAAUUGGAAAAGCUUGUCAUUGAAGACUGCAAGCAAUUGUCGGUGUCAGUUCCAAUUUCUCCGGUACUCAGCAAAUUAGAGAUUUAUGGAUGCAAUGAGGUGGAAUGGGAGAUUGAAGAUGUUGGUUCAUUGAAGUCGGUAGAACUUGUUAAUGUGUCAAAGCCUGUGUCCAUUGGAGAGAGUUUUGUGCAAGGGGUACCAAAGCUAGAAGAACUGAGGAUUUGUGGCUGCAAAGAUGUAACAUUUAAAGGAAUGGACACACAUGAAGAUAUUAGCUCACUUCAUGGUCUUUCGAUGGUGGAAGAGGUCGAACAAGAGCAACUACAAAAAAGGUUGCCCUGCAAACUUCAGACUCUGGAACUGAGGGAUUGUGAGAACCUUGCAAAGCUACCACAAGCGCUGCAUAAUCUCAGUUCUCUUACCAAUGUAUCAAUACAAAACUGCCCAAAUCUUGCUUCUUUUCCAGAAGUAGUGGGCUUGCCUUCCCAGCUGAGAUCCAUUACCAUUGAGAAUUGCAAAGCAUGGGGAGUAGAAGCAUUGGUGCACGGCAGCGUGACGUCUCUUGAAAGUUUAAGCAUUUCAGAUUGUGAGUCCGUGAAAUACAUUGCAAGAGUCCAACUGCCUCCAAAGCUGAAGCGGCUGCACCUCGAAUAUUGCAAUGAGUUGGAGACGUUAGUGAACAAAGAUGCUUCCAAAAUGCACGAGGAGAGUAUUAACAGAUGCAGCAGCAGUCCAAACGCCUCUGUGCUAGAGUACUUGAAUAUUAGAGGCUGCGAAUCUCUUGCGUCCUUGUGGUCACACAGCGAGUUGCCAUGUUCAAUCAAGCACAUUCAGGUCGAUAAUUGCCCCAACCUUGUUUCCUUCUCUCCAAAUGGUAAUCUGCCUACAGCUCUUGAAUACCUUAGGAUUCGGCAAUGCUUAAAGCUGGAGCGGAUAGCAGAAAAGGUGAAUGAUGACACAUCUCUUCAGACAUUUUGUAUCGAUGGCUGUCAAAAUCUUAAACUGUUGCCGGAUUGCCUGAACAAACUCAGCCGUCUUCAAACGAUUGAAGUAAUGGAUUGUCCAAGUUUUAUUAAAUUUCCGGAUGGAGGGUUGCCUAACAACCUCUCAACGCUUAACCUAACUGAGUGUGAGAAACUGGUGGCUCUGCCAAACGGCAUGUGCCAUCUUACCUCUCUCCAGGAUUUGACAAUAAAAAAAUGUCCAGCCAUUGCAUCUUUUCCUGAAGAUGGAUUUCCCACCAACAUUCGGUCACUGGAGAUUAAGGAUGCCGACAUCUGCAAGCCAUUGUUCAAGUGGGGAUUGUAUAGACUCACAUCUCUAUCUAAACUCAAAAUCAGUGGAGGAUAUGAUCUAGAAUCCUUUCCGCAGGAGGAGAUUGGAAUGAAACUUCCUGCCUCUUUAGAAAGCCUGCAGAUUGAAAAUUUUCCGAAUUUGGAAACCCUGUCCUCUUCGGUUCAAGACCUCACCUCAUUAGAGCAACUACACCUCCUUCAUUGUCCAAGACUCAAAUACUUUCCAAAGAAGCUGCCCAGCUCAAUUUAUGAUUUAUAUAUCAAUGGAUGUCCUCUGCUGGAAGAAAAAUGCAGAAAGAAUGCCGAGUAUUGGCCCAUCAUAGCCAAAGCCAAAGUAAUCACAAUGCCCUUAAGAUAAAUCAGGAUGUAUUGAACUCCAAUAAAAUUUAUAAACCUUCAGGUACACCUCCGGGUAAGCCAUUUUAAAAUUAAUAUUCUAGUUCAGUUACUAUAUGGAAUCUCCUUGAAUUCUUAUUCAUCCUCUUUUCAUCUGAACAGUCUACUUUAAAGAUCUGUUCCUUCUCCUUGCAUUUGGGAUCGUAACAUUUUCAAACAGUCAGGAAUAUGGACUCUAUUGUUCUUGUAAUUUCUGGUGGUGGGCCGCUGAGUUCCAAGGUAAUAAGGUUUCAUUUUUAUCCUCAUGGAAUGUGUAAUAGAGUAAACCUCAGGUUAUUUAGCUAAAUAAGGCGGCCUAUUUAACCAAGAUGGAGCUCUGAUGAUUGUGGAUGAUAAUUACAAGCUUUUGAAAGCUCUAGCAAAUUACUUUCCCUUGAUGGUUUUCAAGAGGGGUUGCAGAAUCAGUGUGUUGUGAUGUUUACUCAGUGUAUUCUUAAAUAAAUCACAUUGCUGGAAAUAUAAUCUUGGUUGAUUUCUUCCCAA